AUGGAUUUGGGUCAAACAUCACGUCCACGUCCUGAACCAGAGCCAUUUAAUGAUUUUGAAGUCCGACGAAAGUGCACUUUCUGCUGUGGAUUACGUUGUGCUCUUGUUGCUGGUGGUGUGCUAUUCGCUAUCACAUUUCCAUGCAAUUUAGUAAUGCUGCGAGGUCGCAUUUGUGAAGGCCGGGGUUUGUUUGGCUUCUUGGACCGUAAUCUCUUUCUACCACUGCCCUUCGCUGCGGUAGCGUUUACACAUCAGGUAAUGCAGUCAGAAGCGCUUUGGAGCAAAAAUCGAAAACCAAUUUGGAAACUUAACUGGCAAUGUGCUGGUCUUAAUCUCUUGUUGUGGUCAAUAUUAUUGAGUACGGGAACAUUUAUUUCUCGACGCUUUGCUCCACAUUGGAGCCGACGAUAUCGUUUGUUGUUAUGGGAGUACAAGCGUACUCGCCGUAAUUGUGCUAAUAAGUACUUUCCAACGGCAUUUGGGAGAAUCACAGAGGAUCUUGAUUGGUACAAUAUUCUCUGGAUGCUUACCAUUUACCACUCCUUGUGGGGUAUGAUCACUAUUAUGGCAGAGCGUGAGUUCGGCGCACACUAUGCCAUGUUCUACCGAGACUGGCCGUAUAGUCGAUGGUGUUCCCCACGUUGGAGGGAAUGGCGAGAGAUAGAGGCGAUAAAGCAUGUUAACAAGGAACAAAUUGUGGGAGCAUAUCGUUGGGGUUCAUUUCUCACAAGUGAUCGCUGGCGUUCCAGCAGUGUUUAG